AUGGACAUUCGAGUUGCUGCUGGAACUGCAAAUGGAAGGAUUUCAUCGUAUACAACAUGGAGGAGGAGUUCAGGUUCCAAAACUACAACAACAAACUGCUUCAACCUUGUAGUACCACGUUGUUCCAAAAAAGACUCUCCCAAUCAAAAUGGCGACGGUAACACCAACAACAACGACGACAAAAAUGGAGGUGAUAAAUUCUCGACGGAUUGGGAUAAGGCCUGGUCUAAUUUCAAGAAGCAAGGCAAGAAAACUCUGUUCCCUAAGUUCUCUGCGGACAAGUACGUGAGCUGGAAUCCUAGGCGCUCCGAUUAUCCGCUCUCAGAAGAAGUUGAUCCGAUCAAGAGGACUGAGAGGUCCAAUCUCAGGUUCUGGAACAGCCCCACUUUCACCCUCGGCGGUGCCAUUGUUAUUGUUACCUUUCUUUUGGUUUACACUAUCAGUGCUCCCAUCAAGUGA